UGUGCGUGCGCGCGCGCGUGAGUGUCGCUUCGCCUCUCUCCGCUUUCUCCACCUGCAGUUUGUGCGCGAGACACUCCGCGCACAGAGGAGCGAGGCAGAGGAGCUUUACGGCGCGAGCGAGCGAAAAACGGAGCGCGAGAAAAGCGCAGAGCGAGAGAGGAGAAAGAAACGCAGAGACGGAGAGAGGAAGAGAGGAGGGACGGAUAGAGGAGCGGAGAGGAGAGGAGCACGCGCCAGGAGGAGAGAAGGUUUCGAAUCCUGAGUGAGCCGCGCGCAGGGUGUGUGUAGUUUGAUUACUGGAGAGGAUGAGCUCGAGCUUUUUUCUCCGCUUCUUCGGCUCCAUCCUGCUGGGGACGUAUGUGGAGCUGCAGGUGAAAGCGGACUGUAAGCCUGGAUUUUCUCAGAGUUUAUACACACUGCGCCUUUCAGCAGACCUGCUGCAGGACCACAGCGCCGGUCGGCUCAAAGACGCUCUGCUGUCGUCAGGAGAAGUUCGUUUUGAUGACUGUGUGGGUAAGGACAGUUUGAGGAUGGUCAGCAGCGAUCCUCGGUUCAGAGUGGAAUCGGAUGGCUCUGUUUAUACACAGAAAGACGUUUUAGCCAGUCUGACUGGUCCGGUCGAAUUUACAGUUACCGCACAAAGCAACACCUACAUCUGGGAGACGACCGUCCAGCUAGAGUUACAGGAACCAGAGGAAAUGACAGGUAAUUACAUGGGAAAGGAAGUCGAGGACGCCGGGUCACUUCCUGUGGUCGUCAGGUUUCCACAGCAACCAAACCCCAGUGUCGGUGGGCUUCGGAGGCAGAAGAGAGACUGGGUCAUCCCCCCCAUAAACGUCCCGGAAAACUCACGAGGACCUUUCCCCCAGAUGCUUGUCAGCAUCCGCUCGGACAAGGACCGCUCCAUCAACAUCAGGUACAGCAUCACCGGCGUCGGAGCAGACCAGCCACCCAACGAAGUGUUCAGCAUUGACCCAGAGAAGGGCAAGAUGUACGUCACAAAACCUCUGGACCGUGAGGAGCGUUCCUCAUACCAUCUGCGCGCUCAUGCUGUGGAUAUGAAUGGUAAUCAGGUGGAGCAGCCGGUGGAUCUCUACAUCUUCGUCAUUGACAUGAAUGACAACCGGCCAGAGUUUAAGAACCAGGUUUACAACGGCUCCGUCAUGGAGGGAUCCAAACCAGGUACAACUGUGAUGACUGUAACGGCUCAUGAUGCUGAUGACAUCACCACCUCUAAUGGUAUGGUUUAUUACCGGAUCCUGCAGCAGACCCCCCACAGCCCCAUACCAAACAUGUUCACCAUCAACAGAGAGACCGGAGACAUUGUGACCGUGGCAGCCGGACUGGACAGAGAGAGAGUCUCUCAGUACACGGUGAUCGUGGAGGCCACGGAUAUGGAGGGGAACCUGAAUUUCGGUCUGUCCAGCACAGCCACAGCCAUCAUCUCCAUCACAGACGUCAAUGACAAUCCACCUGAAUUCACUCAGAGCACGUUUUCCGGAGAGGUGCUGGAGAACAGUGUAAACGUAGUGGUUGCUAAUUUGACGGUGAUGGAUAAGGACGAGCCUCGGACACCAAACUGGAAUGCUGUUUACCGAAUAGUGAGCGGAGACAACGGCCGACACUUCACCAUCCGGACAAAUCCAGAAACUAACGACGGCAUGGUCACUGUGGUCAAGCCGGUGGAUUUUGAGAUGAAUCGAGCCUUCAUGCUGACGGUGGUGGUGUCCAAUCAGGCUCCGUUGGCUGAGGGGGUCCAGGCGUCUCUUCAGUACACCGCCGGCGUCACCAUCUCAGUGAAGGACGUUAACGAGGCGCCCGUUUUCCCCGAUAACCCGAAAAUGGUGCGGUUUGAGGAGGGCGUUCCAGCCGGGACCAUCAUCACCACAUUCGCAGCCAAAGACCCUGAUACCUUCAUGCAGCAGAGCAUACGGUAUGCUAAGCUAGCUGACCCUGCUAACUGGCUUUCCAUCAACUCUUCUAACGGACAAAUCACCACCACUGCUAUUCUGGACCGCGAGUCCAUUUACGUUAAGAAGAAUAUCUAUGAAGCCACGUUUCUGGCCGCAGACAAUGGCUCUCCUCCAGCCAGCAGUACAGGUACACUGCAGAUUUAUCUGAUCGAUGUGAAUGAUAACGCUCCAUCUUUAGUCCCACGGGAGGCUCAGAUUUGUGAGAGAGCGAACGCUAACUCCAUCAACAUCACCGCAGCAGAUGCUGACACUGACCCAAACGUCGGCCCCUUCGUCUUUGAGCUGCCCAUGCACCCCUCCAUCCUCCGUAGGAACUGGACAGUGUCCCGUCUUAAUGGAGACUAUGCCCGGCUGAGUCUGAGGAUCCAGUUCCUGGAGUCAGGGGUGUAUGAGGUUCCCAUCUCUGUGUCGGACUCAGGGAACCCUCCUCUGUCCAACCGCUCCAUCAUUAAGGUGAAGGUUUGUCCAUGUGACGAACACGGAGACUGCACUGCGGUCGGCGCCGUGGCAGCUGCUGGACUGGGCACUGGAGCCAUUAUAGCCAUCCUCAUCUGCAUCAUUAUACUGCUCAGCAUGGUUCUGCUGUUUGUGGUGUGGAUGAAGCGGAGAGAGAAAGAGAGACAGACCAAACAGCUGCUGAUCGAUCCUGAAGACGAUGUCAGAGACAACAUCCUGAAAUACGACGAGGAGGGAGGAGGAGAGGAGGACCAGGACUAUGAUCUGAGUCAGCUGCAGCAGCCCGACUCUUUGGAGCACAUCAUGACCAAGCCCCCGGGCGUCCGGCGAGUGGACGAGAGGCCGGUGGUCCCAGAGUCUCAGUACCCGCUCCGGCCAGUGGUACCCCAUCCUGGGGACAUCGGAGACUUCAUCAAUGAAGGACUUCGGGCAGCAGAUAAUGACCCGACAGCGCCCCCUUAUGACUCUCUGCUGGUGUUCGAUUAUGAAGGCAGCGGAUCCACGGCUGGAUCGGUCAGCUCUCUCAACUCGUCCAGCAGCGGAGAGCAGGACUACGACUACCUCAACGACUGGGGUCCGCGCUUCAAGAAACUCGCCGACAUGUACGGGGGCGGCAACGAUGACUAGAAACUUUAAAACUCAAUCUUAAAUACACAAUCCACACCAAGUACACCACCAACAACUACAACAACCAAUCGCCUGCCCAGCUCCAGAGAGAGAGACCUGUACAGAGAGACAGCUUUGUGGACCUUCCUCUCCCUCUGACUGUCUUCAAACAGAAUGCUUUUUCCUUUGAUUAUACGUUUUUAUCACUUUCUUGGGUUCCUUUUGUUUUUUUUUCUUUCUUGUAUGGUUUUAUAGUCGAGUUUAUGUUCACUCUUUGUACUCCUUGUUAUUUUCUUGAAGGGAAUCCUUUUGUUUUUUUGAUUGAGGUAACCGAGUCUGCAGGGCGAAAGCUUUCUGCUAGCAUGGAGAGAGAGAGAGAGCGAUUUAGCCGCUAAUGGCUGUCUCCCCUUCAACCCCAGUUCAACACGUAAGUUGCUGCAGACGGCAAAAGUUGUGCCGCAGUUUACUUGAGGUAACAAAGUGGAAAAAAAUAUGAAGAAGAGAGAAAAAAGGUAGGCAUUCUACUCUAAAAACAAGAGUCCGAAGAAGCCAUUAUUUUUCUUUCUCAGAACUUGAAUUAUUUGAGAGAAGAGAAGCUCUGUCGUCGUCGUCGCUGUCGUUGUCGUUAUCGUUGUUUAAGAAGUGCCUUUAGUGGUGCGUAGUUUUUGGAUUUUUCACAAACUCAGGAUUGGUCUUCUGUCCAGACCUUCCCCUGACAUCAAUGCUCACAAAUAGACUAGACUAUUUUCUUUGAAAAGGAGGAGUGGAGAUGUAAUACUUUGCUAUUCUUGUAGAUUGCACGGUGUCCUGCUAGUAUUUGAGAAACCAUUUCCAGAGGUUGGGGUAGAAAGGCUAUUGUAUCAGGCACUAAACAAAAUUAGGUCAAAAUCUAGAGUUUGCAGAGUGUACUUCAACCAGACUGAUGAACCAGACUUAGCAUGAAAUCAGAAGAUCUGUUGCUAACGUGCUAUUCGACUCGAUUUGCAAAUCUACUUUUGUUUUGUAAUUGUAAUUUUGGUAACACUUUGCUGGAAGGCAGUGUUCAUAAGGCUACAUGACUCCUACAUAAGCCCUUCAUGAUGACUGACAUAGAUAAAUUUAUGUUAUUCAAAUUUAUAAACCCCCUAUUCCAGUAGGUGUCUUUUGUCCUAAAGUUUGCAGCCUCUGGAAAGGCUGACAAGUUCAGCCUCCACUCUUCUGAGAAGCUUCCCACAAGAUUUUGGAGUUUGUCUGAGGGAAUUUUUGUCCAUUCAGUCAAAAAAGCACACUA